UCGAAGAGCCUAUAGGAAGCGAGGGGAAAGGAGGAACAGGAAGCGGGGCGAGGGAAAGCAGCUGACAGCAGAAGGAGCUACAAUGACUUCGACGCUGACGCAGGGCCUGGAGCGGAUCCCCGAUCAAAUGGGUUACCUGGUAAUCAGCGAAGAUGGCGUGCUGGCGAGCGCGGGGGACCUAGAAAAUGACGAGCGUCUUGCCGGCGUGAUCAGAGAGAUGGUGGCCACCGCCUGCAGCUUACACAGAAUGGGGGACCAGCUACCGUUCAAACGAAUGAGUGUCGUUUUUGGGGAGCACACCUUCUUCGUCACCAUUUCCGGACAGAAGAUUUACGUGGUGAAACGGCAGAACGUCGUUCGGGAACCAGUAAGCGUCUAGCCCCGGAGCCCCGGAACCUGCGCCCGUCAUGGCUUCAGAUCCUCUGGACUCUGGGAAAAAAUUCCAACUUAAAGGAGACUCGUUCGCUACAGUAACAAAAAAAACGCCCCGUAGAAGCGUGAGGAAAAGUAUUAUCCCAUCCAUGGCUACUAAACCUGCCACCCCACCCCUUACCCAAACCCUGAAGCAGCAAUAAAACAUCGAGCAGCCAAUCAGAAAGCAGAGGUCUGGCACAUUGGAGUAUUGAUAAGAAUGUCUGCAGCACCGCUCUAGAACCCCACCCUGGGGGGGGUGUAGUAUUUUAGCCUCAUUGCCUUUCCAGUCCUGCCCCUUCUUAGCUAGACCAGCCUUCUAGGCCUUGGCUCCGCCCCUCCUGACCAUGGAAAUAUAGGGUAUAGCUUCCAGGCCACCGUACCGAGGAUGUUCCAGGGGUGUGCGUAUAUCACGGCAUGUACCAAUUGUGUCUGUAGGGAUGCGCAUUGCGCUGCACUGCACCUUGGUGGCAAACUUGUGUGGACUACAUUACCCAUCAUGCUCAGCAGAAAUGGAAUUAAAGGCUGCUGCUUCUUUGCUGUAAUAUUUUGAUGUUUCUGUACAUAAGAUAAAAUUAUACGCAACACCUGA